AUGUCUUCUUUCCUGUCGAGGUUGUUUGAAAUCUUGAAGACCGCGAUCACAUUCACACCACGAACGUCUGAAAUUAUCCAUCCGGAAACGCAGUCUCAUGUCUGGUACUAUGGAUAUGCAGUCUCUGAGGAAUGGCUGGACUGGUUUUGUGAGAAGCUCAACUCGGACGAUCGCAAUAACAUAGAUGCCAAGUCAAAAGAAUACUUCACAGGCCUUGCGUACUUGGCGGACAUCGACACUCUUGGAUGGAAACGUUGCUUCAAUCCAAACCGUGGCUCAGUCGACGAUGAAGAACCCAAGGACAUUCCGAUCGACACCGUCCAGGUGCUCUACGUGUACUCAGGUGAAGAAGGUUCUAUUCAGAAGCCUCUCGAUGAGAAAAAGAUCAAGGCCAUGACAGCAUUGCUUGGACAUGGACCAGAGUGGUGGACGGGUUGUUCUGAUUGA